AGAAAAAACCCAUCUCUUUCAGCUUGGCUUUCAGAGUCAACAUGCCGUUGUUCCAGAGUGUGAACAAAUGUGAUCAACUCGAAAGAGUUGGCUUAUCCAAGAUGAUCUUUUCGAUUUUCUCGCUCCUCCAUUUCUCCAUCCCCCGAAAGGAAAAUAGGCAUAUAAUCCCUUAAUUAGCUAUUGGUUUAUCAUCUUUUUACGCAUGGAGGAGGCUCAGAUAGUUGAACUGCAAGGAAGAGUUCUUGACCAGAAUCGUUUUUUGUUGUUCGCUUCAGCUGUUGAUGGCACAGAGCCAAACUCAACUAAAGGCAUUCAUUUAUCAAAUCAACCUCAAGCUCCUCCAAGAUUCAAACAUUACAAGUGGUGGAUUCGUGUGAUGAUUUACAUCUUUUUUCUUGUUGCUGGCCAAUCAACGGCUACUCUCCUGGGAAGAUUAUACUAUGACAAAGGUGGGAAUAGCAAAUGGAUGGCAACAUUUGUUCAAUCAGCUGGCUUCCCAAUUCUCCUUCCCCUCUUGUUUUUCUUCUCACCACCAACCAAAUCAAUCACCUCCAGCAACCCCAUUGCUUCCUCCAUCGCAAGGCAACCAAAGACUUCCACCCUUGUCUUUCUCUAUGUUGCCCUUGGUUUACUGUUGACAGGUGACAACAUGAUGUACUCUUAUGGUCUUUUAUACCUACCAGUCUCCACAUAUUCUCUGCUUUGCGCCACUCAGCUGGCCUUCAAUGCUGUCUUCUCCUUCUUCCUCAACUCCCAAAAGUUCACUCCUCUCAUACUCAACUCCCUAAUCCUCCUUACCAUCUCAGCUGCCCACCUGGCGGUCAAUGCAGACUCUGAGAACACCUCAACAGUUUCAAAAGGAAAGUAUGCAAUCGGAUUUUUAUGCACUGUUGGAGCAUCCGCAGCCUACUCUUUGUACCUUUCCCUGGUGCAAUUGUCUUUUCAAAAGGUUAUCAAAAGAGAGACCUUCUCUACUGUCUUGGAUAUGCAAAUAUACCCUUCGUUUGUUGCAACCUGUGGCUGCAUAGUUGGGUUAUUUGCAAGCGGGGAAUGGAAAAGUUUGUCAAAGGAAAUGAAGGAAUACCAGGAAGGACAGGUAUCAUAUCUGAUGACUUUGAUUUGGACAGCUGUGACAUGGCAGAUUUCAUCGAUAGGUUUGUUGGGAUUGGUUUUUGAAGUAUCUUCUUUGUUCUCCAAUGUCAUCAGUACAGUGGCUCUGCCCGUUGUCCCCAUUCUUGCUGUGAUUUUCUUCCAUGAUAAGAUGGACGCAGUUAAGGUGGUGGCCAUGCUGUUGGCAAUCUGGGGCUUUCUUUCUUACAUCUAUCAGCAUUAUUUGGACCACUCUGAAUCCAAGGUGAAGAAGGAGAAUUCCAAUGAAGUUUCUGUGGCUCUUGCAGAAGUCUAGAGGUGAAUAAUUUGCCAUCGAAUUGACCAUUUAAUACUGUUCCAGUUCAUGCUAAAUCUAGGUGCCACUCUGCAAGAACUUGAGCAUGGGCCUAAAAUUUAAUUUUUGUAGCCUGAAAUUACGAGGCCCUUGAAACUAAAUUGAUCCAGGGAGCAUGUUAGUGCUUUCAACGUUUUACCAUUGUUUAGUACCAAUGGAUGUGUAGACUACUACAUGAGAGGACUACACUUUUCACGAUGCUUUGAAAAGAAAUUUCUUCCAAAAAUGA